CGGGACACGGGGCGGGGACCGGGGGCGGGGCGGGGCCGAGGCGGAAGCGCCCGCGGAGGGCACUGCUGCCAGCUGUCCCGACCCGCCCCGUCCUCCGCCGGGUACUGCCUUCGUCCAGCCGCGCCAGAUCCCGCGGGGUCUCUUGUGAUAGGCCCAUCUGUGCUGUGUGCCAUGGUGGUACUGUGGGCCCUCGCUCUGGCCUUCGCCAUAGGCCUGGCCACUGCUGGCCCACCUAACAUCAUGCUGAUCUUUGCUGAUGACCUGGGAUAUGGGGACCUGGGCUCCUACGGGCAUCCUAGCUCCACCACCCCCAACCUGGACCAGCUGGCCGCGGGGGGGCUGCGCUUCACCGACUUCUAUGUGCCCGUAUCUCUAUGCACACCCUCCCGGGCUGCCCUCCUGACCGGCCGACUCCCAGUUCGGAUGGGCCUGUACCCUGGAGUUCUGGAGCCCAGCUCCCGAGGGGGUCUGCCCCUGGAGGAGGUGACCCUGGCUGAGGUCCUGGCUGCCCGGGGCUACCUCACAGGGAUAGCUGGCAAGUGGCACCUUGGGGUGGGGCCUGAGGGGGCCUUUCUGCCCCCCCACCAGGGCUUCCAUCGAUUCCUGGGCAUCCCAUACUCCCAUGAUCAGGGCCCUUGCCAGAACCUGACCUGCUUUCCGCCAUCCACCCCCUGUGAUGGCAGCUGUGACCAGGGCCUGGUCCCUAUCCCGCUGUUGGCCAACCUGUCCGUGGAGGCACAGCCCCCCUGGCUGCCUGGACUUGAGGCCCGCUAUGUGGCUUUCGCCCGUGACCUCAUGGCUGAUGCCCAGCGCCAGGGCCGGCCAUUUUUCCUGUACUAUGCCUCUCACCACACCCACUACCCCCAGUUCAGCGGGCAGAGCUUCUCGGGGCGCUCAGGCCGAGGGCCAUUCGGGGACUCCCUGAUGGAACUGGAUGCAGCGGUGGGGGCUCUGAUGACAGCGGUGGGGGACCUGGGGCUGCUCGGAGAGACACUGGUCAUCUUCACUGCAGACAAUGGGCCUGAGACCAUGAGAAUGUCCCAUGGCGGCUGUUCUGGCCUUCUUCGCUGCGGGAAGGGGACCACCUUUGAGGGGGGUGUCCGAGAGCCUGCCUUGGCCUUCUGGCCAGGCCACAUCGCUCCCGGUGUGACCCAUGAGCUGGCCAGCUCCUUGGACCUGCUGCCAACCCUGGCAGCCCUGACCGGGGCCCCUCUGCCCAACGUCACCUUGGAUGGUGUUGACCUCAGCCCCCUGCUGCUGGGUACAGGCAAGAGCCCCCGGCAGUCUCUCUUCUUCUACUCGGCCUACCCAGACGAGGUCCACGGGGUCUUUGCUGUGCGGAGUGGGAAGUACAAAGCGCACUUCUUCACCCAGGGCUCUGCCCACAGCGACACCACUGCGGACCCUGCCUGCCACGCCUCUAGUCCUCUGACUGCCCACGAGCCCCCGCUGCUCUUCGACCUGUCUGAGGACCCUGGUGAGAACUACAACCUUCUGGGAGGCGUGGCUGAGGUCACGCCCGAGGCGCUGCAGGCACUAAAGCAGCUUCAGCUGCUUAAGGCCCAGUUUGAUGCUGCCUUGACCUUCAGCCCCAGCCAGAUGGCCCGGGGCGAGGACCCUGCCCUGCAGAUCUGCUGUCAGCCCAGCUGCACCCCCCGGCCAUCCUGCUGCCACUGCCCAGAGCCCCAGCCCUGACAGCACUGGUGCAGGCCAGCCGGGGGCCCCUCGCCUGACCCGGGCACGUGAUGGUUGACUGCUGUGGUGCGGGUGUGUGGAGGCAGUUUGUACCUGAUAAUGCUAAUAACACCAGCUGGUACUUA